CGCACCGCCAGUCUCUCGACUCGAAUCCGCUCGAUCGAAAGGACACCGAGGGCAUCAUCAUGGCGAGCCUAACCCUCCGGCAAGCUUUUCGCAACUUCUCGAAAUCGGCUGCUCGGUUUUCCCAGCACGCGGAUACACAUGACCACGCAGCUGGUGAGCUUCUGUGGAAGAGGCUGAGUUUGUUCGUGGCCUUCCCGGCCAUUGCGCUGUGCGGAAUCAACGUCUACUUCGCUGAAAUUGAGCACUCGAAGCAUCACCACAGGCCGGAGUACCGCCCCUACGAGUACAUCCACAUCCGUACCAAGAAAUAUCCCUGGGGAGAUGGAAACCGUGGCAUCUUCUUCAACCCCAAGAAGAACUGGGUUCCAGGAGGCUAUGUGGAGUAAACACCUGAGCAGGCCCUCUGCUGACCUGAUUGUUCGUUGGGAAAAAUCUGACCGGGCAGCGAUUCUAAGAGAAGCACAAUAAAGCUAGUUAUGCCCGCUUGAAA